AUGCAUUUAUCACUGGAUACCAUGAGCAUGGUGGACGACAGCUGCCUCUCACCCAGCAACUUCCACGAAAUGGGGAAAGGUGGGGGCUUCGCUGCAGGAGGCCGCGUCCACAGCAUUGAUGUCAUUCUCGGUUUCAGUAAAGACCAGGACCCCCUGCUCAGUCCUGCUGGGGCCUCAGGACCUCAUAAAGUGGACAUAGAAGGCCUGGCAGAGUCUGGGAAGCAGCAGGAGCCCUCGUCACACCCGUCCUACAGUGGGCACCUCUCCUCUCUGAGAAAUGGCAGCACAGAGCAGCAGCAGCAGCAGCAGUACCAUGAUACUGGCUUAUUCACAAAUAAGUGCGAUGAGGAACUCAGUGAGCUGAGGAAGAGCGCUGACAGUGAUGAAGGAAAGUCUCCGGAGCCUUGCAAGGACGAUCAGCCCAAAAAGAAACACAGGCGCAACCGCACCACCUUCACCACCUACCAGCUGCAUGAGCUGGAGCGUGCCUUUGAGAAGUCCCACUACCCAGAUGUGUACAGCCGAGAGGAGCUGGCCAUGAAGGUGAACCUCCCUGAAGUCCGAGUUCAGGUCUGGUUCCAGAACCGCAGAGCUAAAUGGCGUCGGCAGGAGAAAAUGGAUGCCAGCACCAUGAAGCUCCAUGACUCACCCAUGCUGUCUUUCAACCGCCCGGCACCAGUUCACACCAGCAUGGGUCCAAUGACCAACUCUCUCCCUUUGGACCCCUGGCUGACCUCUCCUCUGUCCAGUGCCACACCGGUCCACAGCAUCCCAGGCUUCAUGGGUCCACCUCAAGGCCUCCAGCCCAGCUACCCCAGCCACAGCUUCCUCAACUCCACUCCUCAUCCUCCUCAUCCUCCUCAUCCUCAUCCUCACUCUCAUCCUCAUCCGUCCAUGAGUCAGGGGAUGCAGAGCAUGGCCCCUCCUCCUUACCAGUGUCCAGCACCGUACCCCGAUAAAUACCCUCUGGAGGACGUGGACCAGCGCAGCUCUAGUAUUGCUGCACUGAGAAUGAAAGCAAAGGAACACAUCCAGUCUAUGGACAAGACCUGGCAACCCAUGUGACUAACAAACCUAGCAGUCCAUGUGAGUAAUGUCGGGAAA